CACCCCCUUCAGGCGGCCACGUUUGUUAAGGGAAGCGGGACCAGAGGGAAUUGACAACUUUGGGUUGAGCCAGGCCAAAAGGACCCAGCGUGAUGGAGGCUCCUGCUCCGACAACGCCCGCGAUCGGUUUUCCAACUGACGGUAGAUGCAACUACUUUGUGGAAAAGAAGAAGCGCUUCUGCAGGAUGGUGGUGGCCGCGGGGAAAAGGUUCUGUGGUGAACACGCUGGAUCGGCGGAGGUCUGGUAUCGCCCUACCUUCCUGAGAGUCGGAACUGAGUUGCUGGUCUGUGGGUGCUGGAACCCAUCCUCACCCCCUUUGACAGGUUUCUGCUUCUGCCCCAUGGAUUCUCCAGCCUUUACUUAAGAAGAAAAUGCUCGGAAAAGAAUCUUAUGUCCUUUAGAUCCAAAACACACAGUAUAUGAAGACCAACUAGCAAAACAUUUGAAAAAAUGUAAUUCAAGAGAGAAGCCUAAGCCUAUGCCUCUCAGUUGAGAACCACUGCUCCAGACGCUAUGAGCUAAAGGAUUUCUUUAUUCAAGAUAUAAAUGCAGGAUUAAAGGAUGAAACAGAAAUUCUUGAACAAUUAGUUCCACUUUCUUCUCUAUCUGAGGAGCAGUUGGAAACCUUAAUUAAGAAAUUGAGAAAAGCAAGUGAAGGCUUGAACUCUACACAUGAAGAUCACAUUAUGUCCCAUCCAGCAUUACACGACGCCCUUAAUGACCCGAGAAAUGGUGAUUGUGCAGUCAAGCACCUGAAACAGCAGGCUUCUAUUUUAGGUAACAUUGAAAAAUUAAAGUUACUUGGUCCAAGAAGAUGCUUUGUUGAGUUUGGAGCAGGAAAGGGGAAAUUAUCUCACUGGGUUGAUAUUGCCUUAAAAGAUGCUGAAAACGUUCACUUCAUCCUGGUAGAAAAAGUGACCACAAGAUUCAAGGUAGAUGGUAAACACAGAAAAAAGAACUCAGUGUUUGAAAGACUUCAAAUUGAUAUCCAACACUUGUGCUUGAACAGGCUUCCUGUGCUAAGAGAAGGAAGACUGCCUGUAGUAGGAAUUGGGAAGCACCUGUGUGGGGUGGCAACAGAUCUUGCAUUACGAUGUUUGGUUGAAACCUAUGCUGCCAGUUUUAAGGAAAAGGAUGAAGAACCUUUAGCCAAACGCGUAAAGAAUGAUAAAACAGAAAAAGAAAGUAACACUUUGGCCAAGGAAGGAAGUGAAAAAGAUGUCCCAGAGACACGGACCCCUGUGGCUGGCAUUGUCAUUGCGCUCUGUUGUCACCACAGGUGUGACUGGAGACAUUAUGUGGGCAAAGAGUAUUUCAAGGCUCUUGGGCUUGGCGCAGUGGAGUUCUACUAUUUCCAGAGAAUGAGUAGUUGGGCAACGUGUGGGAUGAGGACGUCUUUGGAAGCCUCAGAUGUUACUGCAGAGAGAAAAGAUGCUCAGAAGGAUGAGGAGGAAGAGCACGAUGAUGUAGGAGACAGACUCACGGAUGGCAGCACUGACAGUUUGCCUGGGACUCUUACUGUUGAAGAAAAGAAGAAAAUAGGACAUCUUUGCAAAUUGCUGAUUGACCAAGGCCGACUCCAGUAUUUACAGCAGAAAGGCUUCAGUCCUGCCUUACAGUACUAUACGGACCCAUUGGUGUCUCUGGAAAAUGUAUUAUUAACUGCUGUACCGGCUCAUCUGUCAUCGCAGGAAAAAAAUCAAUCAGUGAAAGGAAACAUGAACAUGAUGUCUUCCACAAGCAAAAAAUAAAUAAAUUAUUUUUAAAUUAUAUUUUGAUAGUCACAAAAAUAUUCACCCAGUUGUCGAAGUAUUCCUUUUCAGCGGGACUCUUUAAAUUACUUUAUCCAUCAGACCGUGUAGAGCUGGGCGUAUGAGUCAGACAGUUGACUUGGUCUUCUGAAAGAUAGAACAUCAGCAUAUAAUUACAGUACGAACUCCGUGUCUUAAUCUGGUAAACUUGUCUUUGGUUUUAUCUGAUAAGUUUUCAUUUUUUUGAGCUCCAGCUGUAAUAAACAGUAGAAGUUUAUAACAAGAAUCAAUCUGAGUGUGAGGCUUUUUUUCAGUUCAGGUCUAGAAAGAGUAAUUGUAAUUUUGUCAAACACAGACAAAUUUAGAAAUGUAAGAAUUGGCAAGUGGCAUCUCCUUUGAAGUCCCAAAGCCAUACCUAUGUUUGUAGUCUCAGAGUCUGUCCUUGACACCAAAACUGAAGAGAUGAUUUUAAGGCAAAAGUAUUCUUUUUAGGUCUUUCUUGGAUAAUUAUCUAGGUCAAACUUCUAAAUAAUAUUGUUUUAAACAGAAAUCAAAUUUGAAAGUUGCAUAUAACUUCUAAAAUUAAUUUAGUACUUUCUAUCUAUCUUUUAUCAGCCUCUUUUUAAUGUAUAAAUAACUUAUAUAUAUUAUAUUAAUAUAAAUAAAUAACUAUAGAAAAAUAAGGUGGUGCGUGCUUUUGGGACGCACAGAGGGGCAGUGGUGGCUCUCGCCUUCGACCCCAGCAUGUGGGACGCGCAGAUCCGCCUGCCUCUCACUUCCAAGUGCUGGAAUUAAAGGCAUGUGCCGAUGCCAGCAGGAAAGUGAUUGGGAAUAAAAUGGAAAUUAGACAGAGAAGCUAAAACAUCAGAUUUAGGCCUUACAUGUAUGUAUGGAGUCUGUGCUCAAACAAUAUUAAACCAAACAUGUCACAGGACCAUCAUUUCCCCGCCUCCUCCCCUGCAGUUGUUUCUACAUUGUGUUUUGUGAACAUUAUUUUAGUUGUAAAGAUGCAGAGACAAAGACUCAGAACCACUAAUUUUAGCCGGUAGAGUGACACGGAGGCCACUGUUGUAUAACAACUCAUGAAUCUAAUUUAACAGAUUUUUAGUAUUUCUGUUUAAAUUGUUGCUUUAUGUCUUAUUUUGUCAAAUAUUGUUAAUCAUUUCUAAGUUGAUUGCUAAUAUUUCCCAAUCUGAAGAACAUAAAUGAAGAUAAUUUAUUGUUUAAGAAUUAUUCUUGGGAGCUGGAGAGAUGGCUCAGUGGUUAAGAACACCAAGUGUUAACCAGAGGUCCUGAGUUCAAUUCCCAGCAACCACAGGGUGGCUCACACCAUCUGUAAUGAGAUCCGAUUCCCUUUUCUGGUGUGUCUGAAAACAGCUACAGUGUACGAAUAUAUAAUAAAAAAAAUAAAUCUUUAAAAAAAAAAAAA